UGUCAAACUGACAGCAGUUUUCCGCCGCCAUUCGAAAACAAUGUUUCUAUGUUCAAGAAUGGGUUAAAAAGUAAAAAAUCUUGAGUUUUUCCACCGAAAUGGAGUCCGACCCGUUCAUAAACAGCACCAUCGACGAACCGGAAACGUCAAAAUGGAACGCCAACUCUUCCACUUUCGGAAAUUUAGACGACAUAAAAAUGGAUUCGAAUUUUGCUAUGUUAUUGUGCAGUUUAUUGUUCGCAGUCGGAUGGGUGAUUUAUAUAACGUAUUACAACUCUCGAUUGGUCGCUUUCAUCAUUACCAAAAUCAUGAAUCGGUUCUUCAUCAGCGAGGGAUACUUUAAAAUUGGGUCUUUGUCACUGAAUGCUCUCUCGGGGAAAAUAAUGUUCAGGGACGUUGUUUACAUCACUUAUGAUUACACGAUUCGGGUCCAGGACGGUUAUUUGAUCUUCCGGUGGUGGAGGUCUUACGUCCCUAAGGACGUAAGUGAGGAUUUAUCGCACUCUGAUACCCGACUUUCCGUUAUGUUGAACGGCUUUGAGCUACAUGUGUACAACAGAUCGCAACUUUACUCAAAUCUGGAGCGAAUUUUCGGAAUUGGGCCCAACAUUAUCCCAAAUUAUGACAACAAAACGACGGAGAAUUUAACGAAUUCGGAGAGUCACAUCGAUAGUAGGAAGCAAAGGCCGGAGGCAGCCAUGGCGAGGACUUGGCGAGACUUAAUUCCAGUGAUUAAAAUCGACGUGUCGUCGAGCCGACUGGUUUUUGGUAAUCGACUAGUCCCCACCACCCUUAGCAUCACCUUCGAAGAGUCCCAUUUUGUCUACUCCACGAAACCGGCCGUUUGCACCCUCGACCGUUUCAUGCAUUUUGUCAAAUCCAAGGCUGAGAACGUCCGCGUGAUGCUCGCCCCCAGUCUCAAAUACACCGGAAUGCUCGACGAGCCCCCACGUUACAUGGGCGAAGGCUUCGUUCUCAUGUCCACUAACGACCUUGAGCUUUAUUUUUACAUGGACGAGCCUGGACAAGUCCCCGAAGAACCAGUUUUGGUGACUUUAGCCAACGGUGAUAUAGUCGAAUCGAGUCCCCCACAAUGGGGGGUUGACAUAAAGUGUGGCAAAGGAACGGAUUUUAGUUACGGCCCGUGGGCUGACCGACAACGCGAACACUUAUUCAAGUUUUUCUACCCCCAAGAUUACCUCCCAAUGGAAGUGACUAAAAUGCCAAAACCAGGGGAGAAAAGACAAAUGCAAUCGUUUGAUGUGCGUUUAUUGAUGCAAAAUGACGCCACGAUUGAUAUUCUCUUCACCAAAGAUAAGGAAACAAAUGCUGUGCAUAUUAAUGUGGGGGCUGGGAGCUAUCUCGAGGUCACACUACCAUGGAUCACACUCCAAGAUGGCUACGCGACAAAAAUCACAGGACAGUUACUCCAUCUCGAGGCUACGACAAGUCUCCAAUUUCGGGAUUUUAUCGAAAGUGAAACGUUAGAAUUUUGUCUUUUGUGUCAUUAUCCACUUGUGUGGAACGACCACCAAUUGUGGGAAAUCAAUCUUACGGGUUGUAAAGCCACAGUUAAGUUGAUUUUUACCCACAAGUGGUUUUUUCAAGACUUGAUUAAUGAUUGGGCAUCGAAACAAAUCCCCGAUUUGAUGCAUUUUGUGCCCUACACGUGGCGUUUUGGUCUCACAUUGAAACAUUGCGAACUUAUCACUCUAGUCAAUCAAUACAAUUGGAUAGAUUGCAGUAGUGUGGGUCAGAAGAAUCGUUUAGAAAACACACAGUUGGCUCUAUGUGCACAUUUUUUGCACAUGUCGUUUGAUUUACCCUUCGAUGAGUUUCUACCCGAAACAGUACCGUUAAAUUUCAGUAUUCAAGGCGAAAGUAUCGAUUUGAGUUUGUUCAUUCCCGAGUUUCACACAAGUCGGAAUGUUGUUCAAGCGUUGGAGAAGUACGCCAAAGUUUUAUCGAAAGAUGGAAGCACAACAAAGAAGGCUGAAAUUAUACCCAAGUGGCGGAAUGAGUGUCAAAGUAGUUGUGGUUGGGUCGACUUGUGGUGGGUCCCAAUCGGGGCUAUCAACAUUGUCUACACUUACCAUCCAUGUCCUCCUAUUGGUACCACCCCACAAGCCGAUAUUUCCACUCCUGUCAAAGAAGAAAUCCUCCUAUCACCGAUGCGAUUCCCCCACCAUCGCAAAAACCGAAAACGCUCACCAGAGGGCGUCCAAAAAUUCGAUCCUACGUCACUCAAAGCCGACACUGUUAGUGUCGAACUUGAAAUUGGACCUUCCGUUUUGCUACUCUACGGAACAGCAUUGAAGAAUUUUAUGAAUUUUAAAGAGAAUAUUUUCGGAGAGGAUCAAUCAUUCACCGAUAUGCAACAAUCGAAUUCGGGGGAAAACCCAAACGGGGAUUUAAAAUCAGACGAUAGUUCGGCCAAUAUUCCCUUAGAAUUACGCGAGGAUUUCGAUCAUCGAAACUAUAGGCCGUUGGAAGUUGACGUUUCGAUUAUAGCACACGAUGUGCAAGCACAUUUAUUGAAAAAUUGUACCGAAAAAGACCCUCCAUGUCCCAUUAUUUUGAUUGAAAGAGUUGGCUUUGAAAUGAAGAAAAGGUACGACCAGACUGAAUUGCAAUUAUUAGUAAGCCCAUCAGUACUACUAGUCUCCGAUAAUAUAAAUCGAGUCGCAAAAGACAAACAUUUGAAUCAAGGAAAACUAACAUUAUCAUCAUUACAGGUUCGUGGCCAUGCUAUGUUUUCUAACGUGGGUCAAUCCCUCGAUCAGGACACCAUCGAGUAUGCCUGGUUGGUGGAAGUCCAAAUGGGUAAAUUGAGUGGUAAAUUAACCUCACCUCAAUUAUACUCAGUUCUUGCCACACUUGAAACUCUCAUACUACUACUAAUGGACACUGAAAAUGAACUUAACUCGCCGAAAGAGGACGCUCUACUCACACGUCCAGUCACAACGAAGAAGAGUACAGUUUCGAGUCAAAACGUCCACGUACAACAAAUGCAACAAGCCAUUCAACAACUCCUCCAACCGAAAAGUAACGCGUCAAAUAAGAAUACUAUUUUAAAAAAUAACAAGAAAAAAAUCGACGAGGAUAAAAAAGGUUCAGUGAGGAGUACAAUAAUUGAGGAGAACAGUUUAGACAAUCAAAAUGCACACAAAUUGAAAUAUAAAUUGUGUAGAGUGGCCGUGGAUGCUGUUGAUUUUUGGUUGGUGGAGAGUGGGGUGGCAUUACAGUUGUGGGUGUCGCCAAUCAGAUUAGCCAAUUGUAAUCUACACGGGAAACAAGUGAGUUCGGGGUUGAGUUGCAUUGUUUAUAGCAUGUCGGUGAGACAGAUGGUGUGGCAAACGCAAAAAUACAAUCAUAACAAGUCGAAUUCUGACACUAUGGAUUUGUGGUUGGAAGUGGGGGCUGUGAAUUUCGGUCCUUUGAUUGUCGAAUCAGCAAUUUCGUCUGAUAUUAAAGAACAGAAUUUACAUCAAAUGCAACAGAAAUUUCUCCGGACACACGACGAACGUUGGAAGAAAUUGUGGUUUCUUUGGCCUGAAUUGAAUAAAACUAGUGGGAAAUGUGGUUGUACAGGUGGUUGCACGUUUUUCGGGACGAAUAAAAACGGGACAAGGUUUUUUAAACCGAGUCGGAAGGACCUAGAAGAUGGAAUCAACGUGGCUGCGUUUCGUGUUAAUGAACCAGGGAAGGAUCCAGGCUACGGUCAGAGUAUCCUCCACGAAAACAUGUUAAUUUUUCGGACUCCUCCCUACAUUGUUCAAGAAAUCUCCCUGCAAGAUACUUUGACUCGAAGCAAGUCACACAGUCCUCGAAUUGGCGAAAGUGAAAUUAAAAUCAGUCCGGUUGCGACCACUGAACGUGAACAUAAAGUCAAUCGUCGAUUUUCCUCAACUUCGAUGAUGAAAGAAGUGCCAUAUUCGAGACUAGUUGAAACUUGUCCUAUUCUCCCGUCAAAACUCGAUAGUGAUUCGAAAUUGCAUACCGAAGUUGGGAAAUUGUCAGUGACGAAAGAACCGGAACCGCUCCCUAAAAACAGUAUAUCUGAUUCGAAACUAGCUGUGGAUUAUUUCAACGCACCUGUGAUUGAUAAUAAUAAUGCGACGAAACCGUCCGAAUCGCAUCAUUCGCUCGGUGAAAGGAUUAGUUUGGAUGAAAAGUUGGCGCAAGAGGUGCAAAGGACGACAUCAAUGUCAAGCGAGAACCAAUCAGAAGCGUUCUUUUCAGCCGAUGAAGAUAUAAUCAAUUCGCGUAGUUCGAGUCUUCGAAAUUCAAUUCUUUUGACACGACAGGAUAGUAACAGUGUUCCACCUCAAAGAAAGAAGUUUUCGAGUGAGCUUAGUAUUGUGGCUGAUAGACCGUAUAGAACAAUAGGGCCAAUACAUGCCCCUAGUUCGGCACCUGAAGGUAGUACUCGGCUUCGCCUUGCAUCACAUCGUAGCGAUCACGAAAUUCACACACCUGAGCAUCGCAGUAUUACCACUAAUGGUCUAGUUACACCUCAAAGAUUACCAAAUGUUCGAACAUUGACAGAAACUGAUGAUCUCAAUGACAGUCUUGGUGACUCGUCUGAUAGUUACAGUAGCACAUCGUAUGUUUCUGCAGUUGGUAGUCAGGAAGAUUUCACGUUGGUAGACUUGCAUAUGCAGGUGAAUCGCUUGAUUAUCGACUCACCGAUGCUCAUGUCGUGUUAUGUCACACAUUUGACUCAAUGUAAAUGUAAGAAUUGGGGCGACCAAUCGAAACAUUCCGACCAGUUUUCAGUACCGUUGUUUGAGAAGAACGAAGAGGGGAAAUUGGUGUAUGUGGGGGCGAGGUUUGUCCCCUGUAUGGAGACAGCGAGUGAGGGGAUCACAUCGUUGAAAAUGGUGUCGAGAGGUGAAGGAAAUAAGACACCAACAUCACCAUAUGCACACGUGUGGGAUCAAGACGAAGUCGAGGGGGAUUCAACGUUUCAAGAGGAGGAAUUAUUGAGCAAUCAGAUGGAUGCAGGGUGCAGGACUAUCGUGAUUGUUAAAUUGAAAGGGGAUUUGGAUGUGAUGGUCAGUCCCUUGCUGUUGGAGUCGUUACAGAGAUUUGUCGACGCUCUCACCCCAAUUGUGGCCAACCUGCACCCCCUAACAGUCAUAAAUCAUCUCCACACGUCGUGUGUCGGUCAAGUCGAAUCCGCUAACAUCCUCAAAACAACCGAAAACAUCGCCAAAUUGUGUCAAACUCCGACUGCAGGCGACGAGGGUCCCAUCACCGAGGGCAUUUUUGAGGAAACGGUCAAGACACAACUCCAAGCUGCGAUUUUUCUCCCUAAAGUCAAUGUAACUUUACUCCAAGUCUCGAUUGUCGAAGAAAUCAUCUCGUUUUCGGCCCUCGACAAUAUGAAAGACCUCACAUGCGUCUCUCUCUUCUCGGUGUGUUUUGAUAACGUCACUGCGAAAUUACAUUGUGAUAAACAAGCACGUGAAGUACUUCAGCGUUUCCAUCGGCCGGCAGUCGUCCAAACCGGAAGUAAAAAGGGAGCGAAUCGAGCGAAAAUUUUAUUAGGACUACAAUCAAACACCAAUGCUGAUAUCAUACAAGGCGAACCUGUUUUUAUCGAAAGUUGUGAGAAACAACAACAACAACUUGUGGUGUGUCUCAAUGUUGGUAAAGCGCAUGCGCAAUUGAGACGUUUACGAAACGAAAGCUCGAUACUAGACGAUGCGAUUAUUACAGCAAUUCCGAAUUAUAAAUCGAAGGUUUUGUUCACGCCGGCGAAAGUAGGGCCCCAAUACAGGGGCCUGGAGUAUUAUCUACAACCCUCACAGAGUGACAACAACAUUGUCCAGAGUGAUGACACAAGUGAGGACAAGUUGGGUUUCAUAAUGUUUGAAUGUGGCCUCGAGGGGGUUUCCCUGAAAGUGGUGAAAAAAUCCCAAUUUGAACACGUCGAAUGCAAGUUCAACGUCAAAGAUGCGACUGAAAGUAUGAAAUCGGACGAGGCGGACGCCGAGCCCAAACCUGAAACUCCUAAAUCACGUGACGGUGGUGAAGGUGACACCGAAUUGGACAACUCGAAUGAAAGUAAAGACAAUACCGUUAUGGCGAGAGACUCCGGUAAUGUUUCGAGUUGUAUAAUCGAAUUGAAAGUUGUGUGGUUUAACUUUGCUGCGCCCCCGAGAGCCCCCAUUACACGCAAAAUCGACUAUACUCGACUCGAUUGGAAUUUAUUGAGUACAGCAUCGCCAGCAAUUAAUGCUUGGAUGAAUCCGAGCAAUCGAUUGGCUAUUAGAGUGGUACAUAUGGUGAGGAGUAUGUAUCGAAGGUCGACUGCGGUCGUGGCAUGUCUCAUGACUGAGGCACUUGAGACACAAAAAGUCCACAUGUUGGCGAAAAGUCGCUACGAUAAGUUAACACCACUCGCACAGACUUUACAUGAAGAUCCGAGCUUGCAAUUGUGUUCGAUUUUACAACAGUAUUACCUCGAGUGUGACCCUUUGGUUAUUGAGGCAAAUUUACGCGAAUCUGAAUUGCCUCAAUUGUUUACGUUGAGACAAGGUGUUGUUGUUUUGAGUCGACAAUGGAAAAACAUACUCUACACCCCUCUCUUACCUCAACAUACCGUCAAGACGAGAAUUAAACCCCUCAAUGUCACUAUUUCAGUGCCAGAAGUCGAAGAGAUCUGUCACGAUUUAGACGUGGUGGAUGUCGAGGAGAAUCAUGGUGAAGUCAGCGGUAAUGAAGAUCACGAUAUUACCGACGAACAUGCACGCUUACUACAUUCCGGCAUUAUUUUAAAACCGCACAGAAACGUGGGUGAAGCGAUCCGAGCCAGUUACUUGGACAUGCCACAAGUGGCGGUAGUGUCAGGCGGUGUUGAAAGUGUUCUCACGUCACCAAGCCCCACAGUGCAACACCGGAAACGUAAAAAAAGCUUACAACCGACUCAACAUCCUAACAGUAGUCGAGCCAGUGUUGUUUUACCAUUGCUUACUAACAAUACCUUUGGUCAGAAAUGCGAUGAUAACAUUUGUUAUGGCACGUUGCGUGAGGAUUGUCUCAUCUACAAUAUGGGUUCGGAUCCCAGUGAUGUUUACAGUCAUUCCAGUCCUGAAUUACCUUCAAGUCCGUUACACAGAACUGCUUAUACUCACUCAUCUGAAGAUUUGUACUCGUGGAUGGCAAAACAGGACACUGUAGGCACACUCAAAGGUUACAUGGAGUCAAAAAUUGACACUUUACAAACUGAAUCGUCGGGAGAUGCGGGUACUUUACCUAAACCCAGUGCAACAGCACCAGAAAUUUCACUAUAUCCCAUACACGAUUCUGUGAGGUUACUAGAUGCGAAUCAAAUUUUUCAACCAUUAUUGUUGGGUUUAGGGGUUAUGCCGCAACAAUUGAGGUUUACGACAAUGUCAGAUUCGAGUGCUGGGAACGAUGUGACGACCUUAGAUGCGCUAGGGUCGAAUUUUAGUCUUGUGGGGAAUAUGGAAACAAUGCAUAUUGAUAUAGUGGUGUCAGAACAUGGAAAAACAGAAAAGAAGAAAGGCAAGAAUAAGAGUAAGAGGCUGUUUGUUGAAGUUAAUACGAACGAAUCGCCGGCUUUUGUGUGUGAAAAAGUCUCCGUCGAGUUGGAAAUCGAUCGAAUGACAGACAUGGCCGUCAACGAAAUGAUGCGAACAAAAAACGUCCUUUACAUAUCACGUGGUCAACUCAAAAACCAUACAAGCACCGUUAUUAACUUCACAAUAGGCGUCCGUUACAUUUCCCAACGUGUCAACAUGCCCCUUUUGCGCCUCCUCCACCAAAUCACUAACAUGUACCAAAACGUCAAAGACACCCAAAACGAACUACGAGAACAACAACCAGUGGAGAUUCGUCGACCGAAAACAAGUUCGAGUGAUCAUGCCGAUAUCAAACAUCAUUCGUCGAUUUCCGAUAUUCAAGAACCACUAAUCGACACGAAACAAUUGAGUUUGAAAAUUUCAAACGGUUCAUGUACGUCACAAAAUAAACCGAUUGUUUCUCCAUCACCGAGUUUACGGUCACGUCCGCAAAGUUUCGCACAAAAAUUACGUUCAACAGGGAAAAGUGUCAAAGGUUACGUCAAUUUGAACGAAGGUGGGGGUACUCCAAUAACGAUGAGUAGUCCAUCGGGGUCGGCUUUGGAUCACAUGACCGUGUCAUCAGACAAGAGUACAGGACGAUGUUGGAAAACAAUCUAUCAUUUAUUAGAGUUGUAUGCAAAUAUGCCGGACACUAAAACAAUCAAGCAUCGAUUCUCAGUCGGUACUUAUGACAUUUCGGAACAUUACAAAGGGAAUCGAAAGUAUGAUUUAUUGACCGAAAUGAAGUCAAGUGAUGAUUUAGACAAAAACGAAUCGACACCACCACCAAUCCAAAAUAAAGUAACAAAAGAACAUACAAAAUUGGUGGUUUUUGGUGUGGCUCGCAUCCAUCGAACUCGUCUAUUGGCAACACUGUCCGGUCUUAAACUCGAAGCUGAAAUUACAAGUCUACACUCGAGUCUAACAUGUCGAAAAAAAUCAAUUCCCGCCAUGUUGGAAUGUUCAUUGACAGGUCAAAUCGGUCGUACGAUGAUCAAUCUAUUCGAGGGCGUUUCACCCAAUCAGCAAACCGUAGUCAAGGUCACUAUUGGUAAAUCCCAGACUUUGUAUUCCAGUAUUAUGAAACGUGGCAAAGAUAAAAACUCUGGUCUUUUAACAAUCGGCGCUGUUAAUAUCGAUAUUCCUCAACAUCCGGUCGCGCUUCACGGUAUGGUCACCAGAGGGAGCAAACAACUAAGUUCAACACUACAAGAAUUACGCGUAUCGCGAACAUCGAGUCGGUUAUCACGUGGUGUGCAAGUUGACGAUGACCAACAAAGUUCACCGAGUCAUCAGACGCAAAACGUUCCUGUGUCAAGUUUUGCGAAAAGUGCGACAGAAGAGAAGAGUUUAUUGCAACCGUUGGUAAUGCAGUUCUCUGUAAUUUUGCAAAGUUUAAGUAUCACAGCGGCGCUUUUACCAUCAUUGCAAGCAACGUAUAAGAUGGAUAAAGUGAACAGUGCUGGAUUUACAGGAAGUCGGGCUAAAUUCACCAUCGAUUUACCUCAUCACUCUUUGAGUUUUAAUACGGUCCUGCAGGGCCACUAUGAGAAAGUUGAAGCGAAUUUACCAUCAGAGGCGAGUAUUGCGUUGCCGGCUGUACACGUCAGUGCUGAGUACAUCCCUGAAAAUGCCACCAAUAUUCAUAAAAAUCCCGACGGGGUGGUGUUCCGCCAAGGGGGCUAUUUGAACGCACAUGCCGAUAUUGGAGUCUUCGAACACAGUCUCACAACCGAUUUAUUAAACCAUUUGGUUUUUGUACAGAAAGUGUUUAUGAAGGAGGUGAACGAAGUGGUUCAAAAGGUUUACGGUGGUGAACGACCGGUACCGAUUUGGCUCGAAGAUACAGAAGAGACGUCAUCACUAAAUCGUUUUUUGUUCUCACUAGUGAUACGCAUAAGUCGGAUUCAAUUAACAGCAACGACUGCUGGUUCAUCUGCUGUGCGAUUAGAAACAGGAGCUGUUGUUUUUGAACUAUCAAAUCGGGUACAAAACGUCUCGGGUUCGACUCAAAGUAGCGCCACCGCACGGCUAUUUGGCAAAGCACAAGUCGAUCUUAAUCUCUCCUUGGGUCAAAUCAUUCGAAAUGCGGUUUUCGAAGAAGCUGAAAUCGAGUAUCAACCUGUAGCGUUUUUCAAUACACGAAUCGGGUUGAGAAAUGCGUUUCAAGAUGAGAUUGUUGAAGGUGAGGAUAAGGAAGUGGUGUUGAUUACGUUGAAGCGACCGUUGAUUUAUAUUCAACCGGUGGCGAUUGAUAAAGCGAUUCUUGUGUGGUUGAAUUAUAAAAAUGCCUACGAUUAUUGGAAUGAAAAACGAGCGAAUUUAAAUAAAGAAGUGUUAACAGCGACACAACAAGUCUACGAAAAGUUUCAAUUCGGACAGUUUACAAGUCAGUUGAGUGCCCCCCAUUUAGGGACGCUGUUUUUGCAAUUAACCGUUGAAGACAUGGGCAUUUGUUUGCCGUUGAAUCCGUUACCGUUCACGUGGAAUCAAAGGAAUGUCUACGAGGAGAGUCGGGGGGCGGUGGUGGUCACGUUGGAGAACACGAGCAUUUCAGCGUGUAGUUCCGGUUCGCUUGUCAGUAAGGGAAAAUUCUCGAACUUGUGCCUCCGUUUCGCGGACGAUUUCGAGACGUCCCUUGACGACUGGAAGCCCGACAUGAGCGACUCGUCGAUAAUGAAUUUGUGUGUUGUCAGCGAUGGCACUUAUGAAGUUUGUAGUCGAACAAUUGCGGCCAAACAGCCCAAUGAAAACGCUAAAUGGUUUUUGAACGUUCAAUGGCAGAUGGAAGGUGUCGACAUUCACCUUGAUACCGGUGUCGGUAAACAACUCUCAGCUUUAGGUCACACUUUAACCAUGUUGACGGGGGCAGAAGAGGCUCAAUUACCGAUGGAUUACGACAGUGAUGAUAAUGAACCCAUCGAUGGGACUAGAGUCUCCCAAGAAAGUAUUCUUCCAUCAUUUAUGUUUGACCCAAAUUUGGAUAAUCGCAGCCGUUCGAAACUAAUGGAAAAAGAAAUGAACGAACAAGCGAAAAUCAUCAAUGAUUUACGGACAUUGGGGGCUUCCCAUGGCACAAUCGAACUCGAAAUGAAACGAUUACACGAACUUGAAACCAUUGUUUAUAAAGGUUUUAGACGUGACAUGAUACAAAAACUCCGCCGACAAAGCAUUAAAGCGCAAUCAAUUAAAGGCAAAUUCGGGCUUGGUUCGAAAAGUACUUUCCGUUCCAAGUCUUUUAUGGCACAAAGCCCCACUUUGGAGCGCAAAGACAGUCCUGAUAAAGCCCCUGUUAACACCGGAAGUUAUGAGAGUUCUCCACGAUCGGGGCCAUCACGUUCGGCGUCUCUCCGAGUGCGGAACCCGGAAUUGGGGCCUAAAGUAACAUUCAGUGAUACGAGACAAGCAUCAUUACCGAGUGCCAGUUCUGAGACUCAUUUAGACUGGCCUGAGUAUUUGGAUAUCGACGGAGAGAAGAUUUUGUUGAGGAAGAAAGGAAUCGAUGAUUUUGUACCGUUUCCAGGGACUGUGUCCCAAGCUACGGUGCCUAUGAAAGCACAAGAACCAAAUGUUGAUUUAGAAUUGGACGUGAAGGUGUUUAUAAAUAGCGGAAAGUGUGUUUUACAUACAAAGGAUCCGGUCAAAGAAGAAGAGAUUAAAUUGAAUCGUAUGAGGAAAGAUAGGAGUUGUUCGGCCGGUCUUCUGGAAUUCCCCCCGAGUACGAGCAGUCCCGAUCCCAUCCGACGCAACAAAGACAAACUUCUUGGCCAAUCAAGUGCCUCCCGACUACGCCCCACUCAACAUGCCACACUUGUCGAUCUCACAAUUUUCCACAUUCCAGGCAUGGAUGUAAAAUUACAUUACACGUCGAAAGUUGUCUGUGAAGAUGAUUCGGUACAAAGUCCUGAUUUCGAGAAAGCUUUUAAAUCACCGAUGUGUUUCGACGAAUUAGAGGAAAGUCGAAUUGAUAAAGCUUUUAAACGAGUUGAAAGUCAACCGAUUAAAGUUUCAACAUCGAUGCAUGGAAUAACAAAUCCCAAUUAUGGGUGUAGUCCCACAUCGAGUUUAGAUGACUUGCAAUUCGGUGGAACAUCACCUUUGGAUACGGCUAGAGGGGCAAUGAUGGGGCACAGAAGGCCUGGGGUGAAGAAAGCAUCGUUGUUUGUAUGGAUGACACUACAGAGUGUGCCCGAAGAAACGAUUAUUAGCCCCCAUAUUUUGGAGUUUUUAGAGCAGACGCUCGAGCCCAUCCCGCCCAAGACGAAUUUCAAUACGACAGACACUUCAUUUUUGCCGUCGGACCAAGACCUCACCAACUAUGGUACCUACGUCUACGCUAGUUUCCCCGUCGACGUCAUCGUCUACUUCCACAUGCAACCGAGCACAUUCCGUUUCAGUUGUUUGCCUGUAUCUCGUGUCGAAUGCAUGCUACAACUGCCUUCUCUUGAUAUUGUCUUCAGUUCGAAACGUGCUGAAGACGAGUUGAGUGAAUUUGGUGAUGGGGCCCCCAAUCCGGCCGCCACAGCUGUUGGAGGUCUCAGCGUCACCGGUUGUCUCUCCGACUUUUCCGUCUAUGUUUUUCAUCCAUAUGGUGGUAAAAAAUCGGCACUUAAAGAAGCACAAUGGUCACCGUUGUCCGAUAGCGAACGCAAAGACUCACUUUCGAUUAACGUCGAAUUUGUCAAGUUUCAUCUCUCGCGGUCGCGGAUGUUGAAUUUUAAACAAGAGGGAACGAGUAAAGGGAAAGGGGGUGAUCAUAGCCGAGCCGUGAUACGAUUUUCGACGAUUAUUGAUAUUGGAUCAGCGUCGUUUAAGUAUGAUAUGAGAAGAUUAACGGAGAUUUUAGCAUUCCCGAAAGCUUGGUAUCGACGUUCAAUCGUACGAAGAAUGUUUUUAGGUGAUUUAAGUAUGUCGGCUGUGUAUAGUGAAGAGGAUGAUUCAAUUACAUCACAAGGGUCCCCUAAUACUAUGAAAAAUAGUCACGAGACGAGAAAAAGUGAUAAAUCACCACUUUUAAACAACAAAGAUCGACUCAAAUUGAGUUUAGAUUCAGACGUUUUGAGACAUAAUAAAUUAAAAGAGUUGGGGAGGGCGUUCAGUGGUGAUUCAGGCAAGGAAACACCGAGUCCAUCCGAAUUUAAAAAUUUAACCGCUUGGGAGACCUUAGUCUUGUUUGUGUUUAAUUUCAAAAAGUUGAACGUUCAUAUGAACAUGGGGAAUGUCAUGGGAAACGUUUCAUGGAUGACGAAAGACUUCCGGAGUGACGGCCGUCUCAGUAUCGGCUCCACCGGCCACAAAAACCUCUACAUUGCUUUGGGCCUCGGUGGUUCGAGUCUUGACGCAAAGGGUGGCAUCGUCGGUGGUAAUAUAGAAAUCGCUAAUAUCGACACUUAUGUCCAUAUUCGGGAAGAACCCGAAGUGGAACCUGAUCAUACUGUGGGGCUUCGGCUUCACGCCCUUGAACUCCGUCUUGAUUACAUGGCCACAUCUGUGCUCAUGUGUCGUGUCAGUGACCUUAAUGUCAAUCUACGGGAUGAGUGGAAACUCAGUCGGGCCACAUCACGUGACUCUAUACCAACCCGACGUCCGGCUACGAUUUUCAUGCACGGAAAUUUAACAUGGGACCAACUCCAAGUGAUGAUUUCGAAAUCGACUACAGCCGACUUAUUGAAAAUGUUUAAUAAGCUAGAAGAGUUCUUUUCACAACAGUUUAAUAGUAGUAAACGAGCAUUUAGUGGCUUUGCUGGGUCCUCAAGACCUGCAAGAGUCACACCGCAGAAAAGUCGUGAGUUUCCGACAACGGCAACGAACACGACCGAUGCGAGACAUCAUCGACAUUGGCAGAAAGUGAUGGCGCAAGUCGCUGGAUUGCAAUUGAGUACUAUGGAUGUGCCUUUGCCCCAAUUCGGGACUGUCUUAGGGGGUACAAUGGAAUUGCACGGGAAUAAUAUCUCACUGGCAUGCUUUCAUGGGAUUAAUUUCAAAAGCAAGUCAUGGGCGUUGUUCAGUUUACGUGAACCAUCGAUCACGUUUAAUACAGAAGGACAAGAAAUACCAUCAAAUACAGAAGGUGCACCUCCACCAGACGUUCAUGUUGUUCAAACACUGACGUGCAGUCUCGGUUUAAGCACUUACAAGACUCAUUUAUCAAUGGCCACGGUUUGUAAAGUCAGUCGUAGUGUCAUUUUCCCGCCACAAUUCAAAACGUUACAAGAGUGGUUUCAUUAUGCGUUCGCCAACAGUCAAAUUGAUGAAGUUGAUAAAUUCCCGUCGUUGGAACGGGAGAAAUGCGACGGUAAUAAUUCAAUGGAGCGUGGCCGAAAUAGCACGAAAUUAGCCGAUCCGAACCACAACCGUGAGGUGAUUUUUGCCGUUCCGAGUCUUCAGUUGCACCUCAAAACCGAGCAUUUGCAAUCGGCGACUGUGCCCGACAUUUCGGGGGAAAAACCGACAGUCGAGUGUAGUUUUAUUACAGAGUUUGAGGAUCAUAUUUUCGUGACUGUUGAUGCCGAGGCGUUUUUCUUUCUCCACGAUUUGAUAACGUCCUAUGUUAAGGAGAAGGAGAAAGUGUUGGGUUUUGGGGAAAAACGGAGCAGUGUUGAUUUACAAGAUAAGGGGAAAUUGUCGGAGGGUCAAGCUAAGAAAGGCUCGAUCGAUGUUGAUAUUUUCGCAAAAGACUGGCGUAAUUAUAAUUGCAAAACGUGGCAUUUGGAGCCGACGGUGCGACUUUUAAGUGUCGCGGGGAAGUACAUAGAGCCCUAUGGGAUUGAUUAUAUUUUGCAAAAGUUGGGGUUUUCGCACGCGCGGACUACUAUACCGAAAUGGAUGCAACGAGGGUUUAUGGACCCGUUGGACGCCAUUUUGGCGGUGUUAACUCUACGAAUGGUGCAAGUGGUAAAGGGCGAUGGUAACAAAACCGACAAAGAAACAAAGGCUGUUAAGGAUAAAAACUAGAUUAAGGUGAAUGUUAGUCAAAUUAAUUAUAGAAAAAACAUUUAUUGAGAUUUAGACGUUAAUAAAACAUAAAUAAGCACUCUA